UGCAACUCCAGGAGAUCACUUGAAGUCUGAAACACCUGCAGGGACCAGGACUGCUUGAAACCCUCAUAAACCUCUCUGAAAUAGCCGCAAAGCUACUACAUCAUUUAUGGGCUGGCAAAAAACAUUCACCUUGUCAAGGCGUGCUAAGGGAUGCCAUCUGGUGACUGAGGAGGUGCUAUCUCAGAUUCAACCCGGAUUGAAGGAUGUCAAGGCUGGAAUGUUGUUCCUGUUUAUACAACACACUUCGGCAGCGCUGACUGUUAAUGAGAACUUUGAUCCCGAUGUCCGACGAGACAUGAACAUGGCGUUGGACCAUGUCGUGCCAGAGAAACUAAACUGGGUUCAUACCGACGAAGGACCAGAUGAUUCUGUAUCUCACACGAAAACCUCACUUAUCGGACCAACUAUCUCCGUGCCAAUUACGGACGGACGUCUCAACCUCGGGACAUGGCAAGGCAUCUACCUCUGCGAGUUCAGGCAUGCUGCGCACACCAGGCGAGUUGUGGCUACUAUCAUAUCAUAGGAAAGCUGUCAUGGCUGUCUGGCUGUUCUCGAUCUCAAGUUCACGAUCACUAUGUAAUGUUGUAUUUUGUAUCUGCGUGUGUGAAAUCUACCGCGUUUCGUGGCUUACAGGUUGACCUGCGAAUACACGUAUGAGACGAAAUCAUGGGUGGCGCAUACGACAGUUGGUCGAUUGAGAGACCUCUCAUAAGGUUCUGGCCAUGUAUCCUGCAGGUUGCACCGGUUCCUGGGGACGGGAUGGAGAUGCGCGCAUGAUAUCCGGUGGCCUAAAGGCA